AUGUGUCAAUCAGUCAGCCAGUUUAUUAUAGUCUUAGACCAGUACGAGCAAUGUGUCCAUGAGUGCUCUCUGCUAGUCAGGAGCCUCACCAUUCUUGAAAGGAUGGAGGUUCCUAAUUUUUUCAAUACCAAAAAUUCCUUUCCUUUUGAGUCUACUUUGAAAGUCAAAGUCGACAGAAAGAACUUGCCAUCUCGCAAAGUUAUGUUGUCUGCAAUGAGGGCAAAAAUGCCUUUUAUGUAUCGGAGGGAUGUUUGCCAUGCUGAGUGGCAUUACACCCACUACCAGGAACAAUGUCUUAAGAAUGUAACCAAGAGCAUUUGUUUUUCCAAAGAAACUAUUAAACACAGAGAACCAUCAGCUUUGUCUUAUAAAGAAUAUGACCCUAGAGGUCUAUAUGAUUUUUCCAGUGUCAUUUGUCAACAUGAACAUAUUAUUCCUAAGAAGCAAAGCCAACCAAGCAAGUUGAAACCAUUGAGAAGACUACCUCAGUUCAGGAAAUCAGGGAUUGCUCUUGUCCAAGAAACCACUGGGAACAUCCCUCUGUUCUUAGAAGACUGUAUCUGGAAAGCCAAGGUUGAGAGUACCAACGCAGAGCCCACUUGGCUGGUACCUAUUCCUCCUCCUCCUCCUCUUUCUCCUCCUUCUUCCGACCUUCCAAAUGUUCAGGCAUUCCUGACCAAACCCCUUGAGAAGUUAGAAGACCCAAUUAGCAAAAAAUGGUCCAAAUCCACAAUCUGGGAUGAACCAGAACAAGAAAAACUGGGAUGGGAAGAAAGACUGUUGACAAAGAUAAGCAAAGCAACAGCUCAAUGGAUUGUGAACAAUCAAUCCUCCUGGGGAGGCUGGGUUCAGGGUAAACUAAAGCAUUUCAAGAAGCAAAAGUACGACUGGAACAGCAUCAGAUAUGUACUCCUUUGUGAAAAUGAUGUGAAACUGCUGGAUGAAAUUCUGGUAGAAGAAACAGUAGAGGGAGGUCACAGAGAUGAACAAAAGAAAUUAGAGACACCUCUUUCUGCUUACUAUAGAUUGCCAUCUUUUCAUACAAGAGCGCUGCACAUGGAUGAUCCAACCUUUCACAAUCAAACAGCAGAAAAAAUAUCAAAGAAAUGUCUCAGACCAGUGACUCCGAUUAAACGUCGUGAACGACUGCACUCCAGGGUUGGGAAACAUUCAUAUACUACUCAGAAUGUCUUUGAACAAGAACUUUAUUUUGGGUCAGCCAAGAUUAUCCAUCAAGAAACCAAGAAGGAUCGUAUCAUUCUGGAUAAUCAUGAUGAGUAUAACAAACAUCUAGAACAAUGCUAUCCAAGACCUCCAGAACUCUGGAGUUUCAGAUCAUCAAAAAGGACAACUAAAAAAGUACAGAAAGGAAUGAUCCACUGGAAAGCACUUCCCACUCUUAUUGAAGACUUUACCCAAGUGGAUGAAGCACAAUCAUCUAUCCCAGCUGGAAGAGAAAGAGAUCUGCUCACUAAACAUGAAGAAAAUGCAUCUGAGACUGUUCGUAUCCGUAGGACAAUGUUGGAACAGUGGAAAGCUGCCUGGAAAUUUGAUCCUCGGUGGCAGUCAGCAACAAUAGAAGGAAUACUGGAAGACCUUGCAGAUCUGCAUGUUCAAAAUCGUAUCAGGGCUCUACUUGUCUGUGCAUCUGCUGUGCUCGAGCGCCCCUGUAAAUUCCCAAAUGCAAGUCAGGAGUCAGCAUUAGGGCUAGAUGCUGGCAUGAAGGACAUAGAAAUUGAGGAUAUACCGAAAAAAAUACAGCCUUUGCUGCAAAAAACUCUGUUUGACAUGGAUGCACACGUGCGAAUGGCAGCUGCAGUAUGCUUCUAUGCCAUGUGGAAACCAAAUCAAGAGGCACGCUCUAUCAUGAAGAAUGCUCUGAUAAAUGGCAAUUCUGCAGACAGCUGGGCAGCCGCUCAGGCCCUAGCACUGGAAGGAAUUACCAGUUUCCAAGUAGUGAAAAGGAUUCUGUCUCAGAUUUUUGAUCAAAAGGAUGAUGCCUCAGAAGAACAGGCAUGUCUUCUGUUAGCUCGGCUCAGCAAACACACAGGUUUGGUUCAUUGUUUACUGGCAUCGGAACUGAACAGCUAUCAAUGGAUGCAUCGGGUUUUGGCAUGUAAAACAUUGUCUCGUAUUCCAGGGAACGUCACCCGGGACCUCAAGAACAAAAUUGUCCAACUGAUGUGGACAGAUUGGAAAACUGAGGUACGCGAGGCAGCUGCCAAAGCUUUGGGAUAUUUGAAACUUGGAAAAGAAGUCCAUGACCAGCUCAGAGAGAAGCUAAAAAGAGGAGACUGCAGGAGGAAAGUGGAAGCUCUUUCGUUGAUUGGUUGGCUGAAAUUAAUGACAGCCCGGCUACUCCCUGGUUUUCUUCAGUGUUUCUCUGAUGACUUUGUAGCUGUCCGAAAAGAAGCCUGCUGGGCAGCUGGAGCCCUUCAGAUUAAAGAAGAGACAGUACUUAAAUGCCUUUUUAAGAUCAUGCAGACUGAUCCCUUGUGGAAAAUCAAAGCUCUUGCCAUCAGAGCUUUGGGUCAGAUAGGUGAGGUAAGUCCCUACCUAAAAGAUCUUCUUCUCUGGGCCCUUCAUUAUGAAGAAGAUCCUGGUGUACGGAGGGAAGCCUGUAGGAGUAUCAUCACUCUCAAGAUGCAGGAUGAAACUGUUCGGGCUACUUUACUGGAGAGAAUGAUACUGGAACCAAAUGAGGCAGUAAAAAAAGAAGUGAGUCGUGCUGUGACAAAUUUCAAUUUUGAACAAGUGGAAGAGCAAGAAAUGAUCCAAAAAAUCAAGGAUGAGAUUUCCACAUUGAGCCAAACACCCCUAGUGAUUAAGAAAGUACUAAAACUUCAAGAAGUAAUAGAGAAGAUGUGGCAUGAAGCCCACCGCAUUUAUCGGAACAAGGGAGACAUCUUUGCAUAUAGAGAUAUUUGUGCCAUCUUCCUUGACGUUGUUAAAACUGCUUUCGCUGAUCAAACGCGAACUCCAAGCCAGAAGUUCUCAAAGCUUUGGACUGCUAUCUUAAAUUUACUACCUUGGUUAGGAAUCCCUCCAAAUCCAUGGACACGAAGAGCCUUUUAUGAGGCACUGGAAACACACAAGGCAGAACAGAGGAACAUAUCAAAAAACCAAAAACAUCCACAGAAAAGCAGAAACAAUCCAGGGACAUCGAAAAGGGCAAAGAAGCAAUACCUGGUGUCCAUUUUGAGUCAUAACUAG